AGAGCCUAUAAUAUAAUUUCACUCCAAAAUGCAGUUUUCGAGCGAAAUGCAAUAAUAAAUAGUCAAGAUAGCAGAGUAGGCUCUUUCAACAAUGAGACCAACGUUGAGGAGGGUGGUCUUGAUCGCACUGUUGGGCCGGGAUCAGCCCCGCCGAGAGUGUAGGUCUGUGUGGGUCCCGAAAGCAGGCAGGGGAGUUCCACUGUCUAAUUCAAGAGCUUCGACUGUUUUGAGAGGAAUUACGAAAUUACUUUCGUCUGGACCGAAGCCAGUUCGAUCACCUGCUCCAGAUGGUUGGAGCCAGGAUCGCCCGGAUGGAUACCAACUACCGGGAGUCCAUUAGCCCAGUUGAACGCCUGGCGAUUUGUCUCCGAUUCUUGGCGACAGGGGACUCCUACAGGACCAUAGGAUUCAGCUUCCGAGUUGGACGGUCCACGGUGGCAGGCAUUGUCCCCUCUGUGGCACAAGCCAUUUGGGACUGUCUGGUUGGUGAAUACAUGCCUGUCCCCAAGGAGGAAGACUGGAGGGCCAUCGCUGCCGAGGUCCUGGAGAGGUGGAAUUUCCCCACCUGUCUUGGCUCCAUUGCCGGGAAACAUAUAGUAAUUCAGGCUCCACCAUGCUCAGGUUCACAGUUCUACAACUACAAGGGUACAUAUUCAGUUGUACUCUUGGCUGUAGUAGAUGCCAUCUACUGUUUCCGUGUUGUCGAUGUUGGUGCUUACGGCAAGGGAAGUGAUGGCGGGACCCUCCGGGACUCUGCCUCUGGCCAGGCACUUCAGGAUGGCACCCUGGAUAUUCCACUACCUGCAUCACUCCCUGGGGCUGAAGACCUGGGACCUGUUCCCUAUGUCUUCGUCGGCGAUGAGGCCUUCUCUUUAAGACCCAACCUCAUGAGGCCCUACGCUGGACGCCAGCUGCCAUUGCCAAAGCCUGUAAGGAUCUUUAACAAACGACUGUCUAGGGCAAUGUGCCUUUGGGAUUCUGGCAGCCCGAUGGAGAAUGUAUCAGAGAGUACUUGGUCUCAGACCCUCAAAUGUCGAUGCCUGCGUGAAGGCCACAUGUGUUCUCUAUAACUACCUGCGGAGGUCAUUCCAGGAGCCGCUCCGGAUGGAGAUGGUCACCUUCCUGAUGUCACCAGGGCAGGUACCAACAACGCCCCCAGACAGGCACUCCAGGUGAGGGAGAAGCUGACCACCUACUUCUCAUCGCCAGCUGGUGAAGUCCCACAAAGGUUAUUUUAAGAACCAUCCACCUUUGUCCAUAAAAUUGCA